UUCUUUUGCAAUAAUUUGUUGUGCUUGUAGUCGGUGGUGACAUACUAAGUUUUGUCUCUUAAUGUACACGAAUAUACGGAAUGGAUCGCGUCGGUUCACAGAUUUUAAAAAAUUUAUUAUCAGAGGAUGAGUUAAAACACAUACCAUCAGAAACUCAAGAAAAAUUGAUAACGCUUAUUGACAAAUGUUCGGAUGCAUUUUACAAAGGAAAAGCUGCUAUCAAUCGCCUCGAUGAAAAUGAACAAAUAGUUGAGGAGCUGCAAUCCCAAGUACAGAAUUACGAAGUGAAAUUAAGAGACUGUAAUCAAAAUAUUGACGAACUGCGAAAUCAGUUAGACAAAGUUACUCAAGAACGCCUACAAUUAAAUGAGUCUAUUUGUUCCUAUGAAAAAGAUCUUGCUACAUUACGUAUUGCAAAAAAUUCAAUUGAUGAACCUCGAGAUUCAUUGCAAACUUUCAUUGAACGUCAAAACUCAGAUUUGGCUGCUGUAAACGCGAAAUGUGAAGCUUUAGCAUAUGUGGAAGAAAUUAAAAGUAAAGAAGUUGUUUAUGACUCUAAAGAGAAACACAUUGAACAGGAACGUACAAUGCUAAAUAAUAGGAUAAAAACUUUAAAUGACGAGUUAAGUAGGACCAGUUUAGAAUUACACAAUAUUCAAAGUAAAACUACAACUGAAACUUUACUUAUUGAAACCCGCUUGAAUAAAAAAACGGAAGAAUUAAAAAUUGUUCAGGAUCAAUGUGAACAAUAUAAGCAAAUGAUUGCCACACUAACUCAAAAUAUUCAAGAUUUAAAUACAAAAAUAUUAAAACAAAAUGAAGAAACCAGUAAGAUGAUGGAAUUUUAUAAAAAAGAGUUAGAAGCAAAAACAAAAUUAGCUGAUUUGUAUAAAAGUGUUUCGGACGAUUCAAAUGUUGAAAAGAAUGAGUUAAAAAACGCUGUAACGGACUUAAGACAAAUGCUGAUUGAUGCAAGUGAUCAAUGUGGUGAAUUGAAAACAAAAUUCAAAGUGACUGUAUUCAAACUGGAUCAAUUAAAAGAGGACAAGGAUAAGGUCAUUGAAUCAUUAAAAAUCCAAUUAAAACAUGCAAACGAACUUAUGAAACAAAAAGCAGAUGACGAUGUUGACCAUGCAAUUUCAAAAAUUGCCCCAUCUGCUGCUGUUGCUAGUCGACUUAUUAGAAGUGAUAUAUCGCUUACCGAAUUAUACUCUCUUUAUGAAAAUACGUCUGAAGAUUUAGAAAAGCAGAAACGCGAAAACUCUCGUCUACAGUUAGAACUUAAUAAUAUUGUACAAGACUUAAAUCGUAAAAAGGGCGAAAUGGAAGAGAUUAUCACUAGUCAGAAUAAUCAAAUAAAACGUAAAGUUAAUGAUUUAAGCCGGCAAGUGUGUUACCUAUUGAAAGAACUAGAACAUUUGCGAAUGGGUAUUACUAACAAUGGUCCAUCAAUAAUUUGUGGAGGUCUCUCAACUACAGAUGAUGUUAUAACUAAAAAACUUGUUACAUUUAACAGUAUAACUGAAUUACACGAAAAUAAUCAGAAGUUAUUAAUUCUGGUGCGAGAUUUAAGUACAAAAUUAGAGGAAUCGGAAAAUGUGCGACUAGAAAUUAACGAAUCAUAUUAUAAGGAAAAAAUAGAUAAUUACACAGCGAAAAUUCAAAGCAUGCAAGAAACCAUAAAUCAACAGGCGAACACGAUUUCCACAUUAUUAGAAAAAACUGAACGAUAUAAAAAAAUGUACUUUAAAUCGCAGAAAGAAUUUGAAAUAUCUGCUGAAGAAAAUUUUAGUGACUUAGAAGAUGGAAAUUAUGACAGCAUUAUAGCAAAGCACGAACAGAACCUGCAACACAUAAAAGAUGAACUUACAAAAACUAAAAAGCGAUAUUCAUCAGCUGAAACAGAAAUGAAACUUUUGCGCAAUAAAAAUAAUUCGUUAAAAAAUACUAUCACUCGAUUACAAUCGGAAAAAGAAAUUUUUUAUCGUGAUCAACAAAAUCAAAAUCUUUUACUUAAUAAUAUAGAACUUAUUAAAACGAAUUUAGAACGUUCUGAAAUGGUAGGUCGGGCAGGGAUGGAACAGCGUUUAGAUGAUACUGUACGGAAACUUUCUGCACAACGUCGACCGUUUCAAGAAGAAGAAGAUCGCUUCCGUGAAAUGAUCAAUAGUUAUAAACGACAGACAGAUAAAGCGAAAAUGUGUAUGGAGGAAGAAAAGCAGCGAGGAGAAAAAUUACGCACUUAUAUUGUUUCACUACGAGAAGAAAUAGCUAUAAAAUCAAAUUCAAUUGAUGACCUCAGCAAAAAAUUACAAGAAAGCUUAACGCCGUCAAGUAAUGAUAAUCCUAUUACAGUAGCAAAUAAAAAAGUGAGAGAAUUAGAAAUAAGAUGUGAAGAAGCUAAAAUUGAAAUAAAUUCACUUCAAACCGAAUUAACUAAUUCGCGCGCACAUACAGAACAACUAUUUAAAAUGUCACAAAACGCGGAAGCAGAAGUUACAAAAUUACACGAAAUACAUUCAGUUUAUUGUACUAAAGCAGAAAAAGAAAUUGCAGAGUUAAAGGGUUCUGAACUCGAUUUAAAGACGAAAAUCACUGAACUUGAAUCAGAAAUACAGCUGUCAACAAUUCCGGAAAAUCCAACAACAUCUGGUAUUGAACAACUAACUAAGAUCAAAAAUGGUGAAUGCAAACCUUAAAAAAUAAAUUUACCGCAAGAGAAAUGACCAAAAUUUGAAGUAUGUAUGAUAUAUUUUUAAAUAUAAAAUGUAACUC